AUGACUUACCGAGAACGUGGCCAAGCUGCCAAAGAAAAGAUCAAGCUUCGGCUUGCCGAUCCCACAAGCUGGAAACUUUCAAAGCAGGAGAGCAGCAUCGCGCCUCCUGAGGUAUGGACGAACGCGGACAUGGACCCCGUGCCUCCGGAAAGGCGAACGUGGGGCAAAGGGGCCUUCAUCACGUACUGGUUCUCGGAUCUUGUGACUAUCUCGACCUGGAACACUGGCGCGGCUAUUGUUACAACUGGCCUUUCUGCUACCGAUGCCAUCCUGAUUGUCUUGGUUGCCGGCAUCUGCAAUGCCAUUCCAACAGUCCUGAACGGGGCAAUCGGGUCUGAUCUGCAUAUUCCAUUCCCAAUUGCUUCUCGGGCUAGCUUUGGCUAUUGGUUUAGCUACUUUGCCGUUGUAAGCCGUGGCAUAUUAGCUAUGUUCUGGUUUGGCGUGCAGACAGCUGGCGGUGCGACAUGCGUGACCUCUGUAAUCGCUGCCAUCUGGCCUAGUUUCAAGGACAUCCCCAAUCACCUACCUGCUUCAGCCGGUCUCACCACAGUGGGAAUGAUAUCAUACCUGAUCUACUGGCUAAUCCAAUUCCCUCUGCUUCUGAUUCCGACGCAUAAGCUGCAGAAGAUGUUUUGGGUGAAGACGGUUCUUACGCCGCCAAUGGCCCUCGCAAUGGUCAUAUGGAUUUCACUUCGUGCUGGUGGUGGGGGUGACUUCUUCAACAAGCCCAGUCAAGUUCAUGGUGCAGAGCGUGCAUGGCUGUGGCUGUCUAAUCUUACAAGCGUUACCGGUGGUUACAGCACUCUCGCUGUAAACAUUGCGGACUUUUCUCGCUUCAGCAAAGAAAGACGUUCCCAGGUGUGGCAGCUGCCUGUUAUACCAUUCUUCAAGACAAUUGUCGCUCUCUUCGGUGUUAUCUCCGCCUCUGCCGCCCAAGAAAUAUGGGGAGUAACGUACUGGACGCCGCUCGAGAUCAUCAGCACGUGGCAAAACACUGCCGGUGGUAGAGCUGCAGGCUUCAUUUGUGCCUCCAUUUGGCUCCUUGCGCAGAUCAGCGUCAAUAUCAGCGCAAAUGCCGUCUCCUUCGCCAACGAUAUUACAACGGUAGCACCGAAGUGGUUCAACAUCCGUCGCGGUACAGUAUUCGUCGCUUUCAUUGGCGGCUGGGCCCUUUGCCCAUGGAUUAUCGUUGCCUCUGGCAAGGCGUUUCUCAACUUCAUGAGUGCCUAUGCCAUCUUCAUGGCUCCAAUGGCGGGUAUCCUGUUCACGGACUACUGGCUCAUCAAGCGGAAGAAGUACGAUGUUCCUGCUCUCUACAAUCCAAAUGGCAUAUACAGUUACGGAAAAUACGGCACUAACUGGAGGGCUGCCCUGACGAUGGUUCUGGUGAUCAUCCCAGUCAUGCCUGGGCUGGCCGCAAAGGUGUCGCCAACAUCUGUUCAUAUUGAUCAAGGUUUGGCGAACUUAUUCAGUUUCAAUUGGCUUUAUGGGUUCUUCUUGUCUAUUUUCAUUUAUUACUUCUCCAACCUUUUCUUUCCUCACAAGCCUACACUUCUCUCCUACGUUGUGACUGGGUUUGGUGAUAUAGUCCAUGGCCUUGAAGCAGAUUCAGAGAGCCAAACUGCAGAAGGCAAAGAGAAGUUGGGAACGGAAGUGGAUAGUACAACUAAGAACAUUUAG